AUGAAGGACUGGCGUGGUGGCCGUGGUGCGUCCACCGGUGCCGCCAAGGCUGUCGGUAAGGUUAUCCCGGACUUGAAUGGAAAGCUUACCGGUAUGUCAAUGCGUGUACCCACCGCUGACAUGUCUGUUGUCGAUCUUACGGUCAAUCUUAAGAAUGGUGCAUCGCUUGAUGAUAUCAAGAAGACUGUCAAGGCUGCGGCCGAUGGCGAGCUUAAGGGUAUCCUCGGAUAUACUGAGGACGCUGUCGUAUCCAUGGAUUUCCGUGGAGACGAGCGUUCCUCCAUUUUCAAUGCUGAUGCCUGCAUAGCACUUACAGAUAAUUUUAUCAAGCUGAUCUCAUGGUAUGAUAACGAGUGGGGAUACUCGCACCGGGUUGUCGACCUCGUAGUCCACAUGAAUAAGCAACAGUAA